CUCUCUCUCUCUCUCUCUGUAGUCGGUCGAGCUUUCCUAAUAAUUUUUUAUUUUUUCUGCAUGUUAUUUAGAUUUGACAAUUCCAUGUCUCAAAACCCCCGACAGAUGCUUUUUCUUCGGUGAUAUUUCCUCAAAAAGGAACCCAACGGCUUAUUUGACAUGUAUAUUUUCCCUGUAUGAUCACUAUCGAAAGGAACACUGUAUGAAAAGCACGACUGACAGCCAUGAUAGUGCUGGACUGCCACUUGUCAUAAAUACCCCUGGCUGGGUUAAAGGUAUUGGUUAUGAAAUACUGGUGGACAUGUUGAAGUAUAUUUCUCCUACACAUGUGGUUAAAAUUUGCAUAUCAUCUGAGAUCAAGAACUUACCAGCUGGGGCAUUUUGGUUAGACGAGGGAAAUACUAAUAGAGUUACUGUCAUUGAGAUCAAUUCUGCUCGUCGGGACCAUUUGAAGAGAUCGUUGCUGGUACAAAAAGAUUCUCGUCUUCUGAGAGAUUUACGUGUAAUGGCAUAUUUCAGACAAUGCUUUCCUAGUGAGAUGGAUAUCUCCACAAUUAAGGAACUAGCUCGUGCAUUAGCCGCACACCCUCCAUACGAAAUUUCUAUAUCUAGUGUCAAAAUGAAACAUGUUCAUUGCGAGGUACCAAAGACUGAAACUUUCUACUGCUUGAAUGCGACUAUUAUUGGUCUGGCAGUUAGUUCUGGAGUUUCUGAUGAAUUACCUCAUUGUGUUGGCUUGGGAAUUGUGAGAGGCAUUGACACUUUCAAAGGCUUGCUCUAUGUUAUUACCCCCGUUCCACAGCAGACUCUAGCGAAUGUUGAUCUUUUGCUUCAAGGCUUCAUUUCAAUUCCUACUUGUUUACUGCAGGUUCAAGGCUGUAUUUCCCCUUAUAUGUCAGCAAAUGUUCUAUCUACUAAUUAGGAGCGAAGGCCAGUAGUCGAAGUCCAAGAGUUUUUAUACAGUCUCUUCUACAACUAUCCGAGAUGUUAGCUUCUUCACUUUUGUCACGUUUGACAUUUAUUGCUCGACACUCAAUUUACGUAAUUUAUAGAUCGAAAAACAUGUUACAAUGAGUUACUGUACCAACCUAAUUGUUGUUCACGAGUCUUGCGUACUAGACAUGUUAUGGUUGUCCAUGUAUGUGCUUGUGAACAUUAAUUUACUGUAGCAGGUCGAAUUUAACUUUUAUGUUCGACUUUUGAGUCCCACAACUUAUCUAAACGUGUAUAACUUCGCUUAUAAGAAGCUUAUCUUUUUUAAGUCAA